CCCACUGAAGCAUAGGGAAGUCAAAAACCUGUGUGCUUCUUGCUCUAUGUCUGUUCUUGAGUUUCCCACUUAGACCUGUACUAAAGAUGUUGUCACGAAAUCUUUUAAUUGCUUCAGUAGUAUUUGUCUUUCUGGCAACAGCAGUUUCACCUGCUCCAGUUGAAGAUAAAGAACCAGAGGAAAAUGAUUUUGAAGCAGAGGAGGGUGAGGAAGAGCUCUCAGAGGAAGAAGAGGAUGAUGAUGACUCCAAAGGUCAACAUAUGAAGGGAGCUGGAGCCCAGCAAGCCACAAUGGUGCCCAAGGGCCCUGGUGUGACUGUUCUACCUGGCACUUCUCCGGUGGGCGAACCUCCAAAUGGUUACAAAGUCAACGGGGCUGGUGCUGCACACACAAGCCUUGGAUCAUCAAGUGGCUCAGCAACAGCAUCCGGUACUGAUGGAAGUAACGGAAGAGAUUCCCAAGCCUUACCCUCGAAUUCUCAAGUUGCAGUUUUAAGUGUGGCUGGUCACUGGAGCUCAGCAUCAAAAGUCCCUGGUGCAGCUGAUGCUACAUACUCAGACACUGUUUCUCAUGGGUCACCAAGCCAAGUAUCACUGAGCCAUGGGUCAUCAGGCCAUGUGGCUUUAAGCCAUGUGUCAAGUCUGCUGACUUCAGAACAGACAAGUGGUUCCACUUUUGUUUCAUCUGAAGUCCAAUCGCAAACAGAAGAAGCAGCAACUACAGAUGGAGCUACACAUGAAAAUGGUGACAAUGGUGAAAGCCAGACAGCUCACAUUGGAUCUCAGAUUGAAGCACCAGGCUCAGAGUCAGUUUUAGAGAAACCAGAGACUGAGGCCAAUGGUAAUGGGCACAAACAACUCAUUAAUGGAGAAGAGACAGGACACCCAGGCUUGGAUAAUUUCAUGGAGGGCACGACUCAAAUAGACACGACAGGUGGUUUUGAUUCAUUUGCUUCCAAUCUGGAAAUUACAGGAAUUAUAGACCAUUCCAGCCAUGACUUCCUUAUUGGUUUAAUGGGUGGCAUGGGCGACAGCUUUGCUCCAGAUCCAUUCACCGACACUAUAGCAGAUCACAUGGGACUUGCUUUCCACGUAGAGUCAACAGGAGCUGGACUGGAUCCUGAACUGCCAGUCAUUGUCAGCUCAGCUCCACCAGCUCCUCACUCUGAAGGAAAUGGGCCAGUUGCUUCUGCCAGCGAUUUUUCAGUGACCUCUGACAAUGGUGCUCAAUACUAUUCCCCUGGAGAAAUGGCAGAUGGUGCUGAUACCAACGGUGCUGAAUCACCCAGUAUAAACGGGAAUGGCCGUCUCAGACCGGUUACAGACCUCCACAAAGGUGAUCCAUCUGAGAGCAGCAUCCACCUUUAUACAAGUGAACACCACGGACUCAUCACACACACAGGCGUGGCAGAAACCCUGGAUGUUAAGGACCCCACCAUUAGCCCCAUCACAGACAUCCCCUCGGAAGCUGUGGUCACAUCACACGCUGCAGGUGUGGGAAUGCACACGGAUGUGACAGGUGAACCACUGACCAAUGGACACAGACAGAUGGACAUAACAAUCGUGGGUGACUCCAUCUACAGUUCUAGACCUCCAGAUACAUCAGGGUAUGAAAGCACUGGUGUGACUGAAGGAAUCUCAAAUCAUACAGAUUCUGUUCUUGAUACUAGAGCUGGAUUUACAGAUGCCUCACAGACACACAGUAGCAUGGUUCAGACAGAGCUCAUAGUCACAGGGGAUCCAGUCGGAGUCUCCUCACAGACAGAUGCUACGGGAACAGCUGUAGCCGAACCUCAAGGGACUCUCAGGGGUCUAAAUCAACCUGGUGCUACUGAACAGACACAACCAGCUGUUUCAGCAGGUGAACAGUACCACACAUCUGGUCAGGGUCCUGAAGGUGCAGAAAAUGUGGAACUGGAAGAUACCUGCUGACUUUCACAUGAAGCCGCGUGUGAGGUUUCUGCGCUACAGAUUUCAGUGUAUGGACCAGACGAGGACCAGCGACCCCAAGCACUAGCCUUAGCUUUGAUUCACGUGUCACAGUUUUUUAUGUUUAAAUAUUUAAACAUUAAGAUGACACUGUAAUGAACACGUUACUGCACCUGUUUGUUAUUUUAAUCGGCCACACCCUGUUUCAGUUUCUUUAAUUUGAAGGGGAGAGGGACAAAUUUAAUCACAGGGAAAAGUCUGUCCUUUUAACCUCCACGUGUUUAAACACACAGCGUUUCAAAUCUAACUUCUUUUCUCACGUCUUGCUGUAUUUCCAUGCCUAGCUGCAUGAGCAAUAUCCUCUACAUGUGUCAUAUAUUGUACAUUUCUGAAUGUCAUUUGAAAAUCACAUUAAAUUUAACGUCUAUUUUGAA